CCGGAAGUGAGCCGUCAGGAGGCGCCGCCGCCCGCUGCCACGUCCGAGACCGGGAGCCGCCGCCGCCGCCAUGGUGUCCGUGAUUAACACGGUGGACACCUCCCACGAGGACAUGAUUCACGACGCCCAGAUGGACUACUACGGCACCCGCCUGGCAACCUGCUCAUCGGACAGGUCCGUCAAAAUCUUUGACGUGCGCAACGGAGGGCAGAUCCUCAUCGCCGACCUCAGGGGGCACGAGGGCCCUGUGUGGCAGGUGGCCUGGGCCCACCCCAUGUACGGCAACAUCCUGGCGUCCUGCUCCUACGACCGCAAGGUCGUCAUCUGGAAGGAGGAAAGCGGCACCUGGGAGAAGACCCAUGAGCACACGGGCCACGACUCCUCCGUGAACUCUGUGUGCUGGGCCCCCCAUGACUACGGUCUGAUCCUGGCCUGCGGGAGCUCGGACGGGGCCAUCUCCCUGCUGACCUACACCGGGGAGGGCCAGUGGGAAGCCAAGAAGAUCAACAAUGCUCACACGAUUGGCUGCAACGCGGUCAGCUGGGCCCCGGCCGUCGUGCCCGGAAGCCUCAUAGACCAGCCGUCGGGCCAGAAGCCCAACUACAUCAAGAAGUUCGCAUCGGGCGGCUGCGACAACCUCAUCAAGCUGUGGAAGGAGGAGGAGGACGGCCAGUGGCGCGAGGAGCAGAAGCUGGAAGCGCACAGCGACUGGGUUCGCGACGUGGCCUGGGCGCCCUCCAUCGGCCUGCCCACCAGCACCAUCGCCAGCUGCUCGCAGGACGGGCGCGUGUUCAUCUGGACCUGCGACGACGCCUCGGGCAGUACGUGGUCCCCAAAACUGCUGCACAAGUUCAAUGAUGUGGUGUGGCACGUCAGCUGGUCCAUCACCGCCAACAUCCUGGCCGUCUCGGGCGGAGACAACAAGGUGACCCUGUGGAAGGAGUCGGUGGACGGUCAGUGGGUGUGCAUCAGCGACGUCAACAAGGGCCAGGGCUCCGUGUCCUCGUCCGUCACAGAGAGCCAGCAGAACGAGCAGUGACGAGCCAGGCGGCCUGGCGCCCACCUGGGCCAGCUGACCGAACCACUGGGGGAAGAGCUGCCAACACCCACAAGGCCCCCUCCAGGAGCAGUGACGCAUGCGCCACGGACAGAUCAUCCGCCCUAACGUGAUUGGAUGUGGUUUGUAAUUUAUUGUCCAGCGGAAAGCACUCGUGUUAGGAGGGGGAAAGUAGAAAUGAUCUUCAAAUCUAUUAUUUUAAGAUAUUUUUGGCCAUUUUUAUGUACCUUUUGGGUUUAGGCAUUAUUUGGGAGGUUUUGUUUUCCAAGUAAUAAACUCACGUUGCUUAUAAUUCUGCUGCAUUGUCCUCCCCCGUCCCUAGAAAGCCGUGUCCUGCUGGCCAGCAUGCUGGAACAGGAACACUCG